AUGGAGAGCGGAUCCAGACAGUCCGGGGAGGCUGAGAGCGAGCUGGCAGCCAAGGCUGCUAAGCUGAUCGACAUGUCAGAGUCCGUUGUCGCCAAGCUGUUUCAGAGACCUUGGCAACUUCACCCACCCUGCAUCACUGGCAGACCCUCCACGCCUGAACAGAUUAUCAUCACCGUUCUGGGGUGCAGCAACGUGACUGUGUCCAAGACGAUUCAAGGAGUGUACAGAGCAGUCAGUUCCUAUCGCGACAAGCCAGUCUAUAGGAAGGACGGGCCUGGCGCCCUGCGACCGUUCAUUUUCUACUGGGAACGAGGGGAUGGAGCACGUUUCAAGGGUUGGUGGUUUGGGUCAGAAGUAGGGGGCGAACAAGUCUUUCAACCCAUGCUGCCAAACGGCGAACCCAUUUGUGCCACCAGCUGUUGGUUGGAGAAUUCCUUUUGA